UACAAGAAUUCCUAGCUUUCUUCACGCUUAAUAAGUAGCAUUUAAAGGUCACUGCAAGAUGGCUUCGGAAAAGGUUGGAAUCAUUGGCAGCGGCCUGAUUGGUCGAUCAUGGGCCAUGCUGUUCGCUGGCGCCGGCUAUCACGUAGCAAUCUUCGACGUAGAUCAGAGUCGCAUUCCUGAAGCGUUGCAGGACAUUCGCCAACAGCUCGAGACUCUUCAAGAGAUGGGCAUGCUCAGAGGUACGCUUAAGGCUUCAGAGCAGGCCGGUCUAAUAAAGGGCGUAGCUACCCUUGAAGAGGCUCUUAAAGAUGCUGUUUACGUCCAGGAAUGCGUCUUCGAAGAUGUCGAACUUAAAAAAAUGAUCUUCAAGGAAUUUGAUGGUCUUGUCGACAAUAAGACGAUUUUGGCCUCCUCAACUAGCUGUUUCCCUGCAUCGAGCUUCACUGAAAAUCUCGUUCACCGUAGUCAAUGCCUAGUCGCGCAUCCGGUCAACCCGCCGUACUAUGUUCCACUUGUUGAAAUCGUCCCAGCACCCUGGACCAACGCUAAGGUAACAGCUGCCGCGAGAGCUAUUCAAGAGCGGAUAGGGCAGAGCCCGGUCGUAUUGAACAAGGAAAUUGCUGGAUUCGUACUUAACCGAGUGCAAUACGCUAUCCUGAACGAAUGCUGGAACCUGGUAGAAGAUGGGGUUCUUUCGGUACGCGACGUUGACUCUGUUAUGAGUGACGGUCUCGGAAUGCGAUACGCCUUCCUAGGUCCUCUCGAAACGGCCCACCUUAACGCUGAGGGGACGCAGGAAUAUUUCCAGAAGUACGCCCAGGGUAUUAUUCGUGUGUCGAACACGUUUAAGGGCACCCCUACCUACUGCCAAGAAACGAUCAAUAAGGUCGACAAGUUACUCACUGAUAAGAUGCCGUUAAAGGAUUUGCCUUACUGGAGGAAGUGGAGGGACACCCGCCUUGCCGCAUUGGCUAAACUUAAGCGAGAUUCUACACUCGCCGAUAAGGCUAACGGGUGGGAAACGGAACGAAGGCGGAAAACACAUUAGAGAUGCCACCUCUCGCGGGCUGAACAGCCGGAGACCCAAUGCUGGAACAAAGCAAAUAGAAACGAUCACUAGCGAGCCAUUAGGUUCAUAAUUAAAAAAUU